UAUAUUAUUAUUAUUAUCAAAAGUUUGAGAACGUACAACGCUCUUGUUAAUUUUCCAGACAGGAAUUUUUAGUGUUGCCAUAUAUAUAAGCGCGAGGAAAGAUUUACAUACAAGAUGGGUUGCGGAAUAUCGUUCGUUAAAUACGUUCUGUUCGUGUUCAAUUUAAUAUUUGCGCUAUGCGGUCUCGCAGUGCUCGCCGUUGGCGUGGUCUUCAAAUUGAAGUUCUCAGAGAUCCAGCAAAUGCUCCAGGACUUAAACGUCCAGGCCGCACCAAUACUCUUCAUCACCGUUGGAAGCAUAGUCUUCAUAAUCGCCUUCUUCGGGUGCUGCGGAGCGAUUAGGGAAAGUCAUUGUAUGACAGUCACUUACGCAGUCUUCUUAAUCGUUUUGCUGAUCGUCCAAGUCGUGAUCGCCGUCUGUGUCUUCGUCUAUGUCGAUGACAUCAACAAGAUUCUGCAGAAGACCCUCCAGACCACCUUCGACCACAGGGAUCAACCUGCUAAUAUGGAAAUCAUUGAUGGAUUACAAAGACAGUUCGAAUGCUGCGGUGUCAACGGCAAAACCGACUACCAGCUCAAUGUGAUUGCCAAUUUGCCCCAGAGUUGCUGUCCAGCUGGAGAUGCUGCCUGCACAUUUGCCAACAGCUAUAACCAUGGAUGCAAAACCAUUCUGUCUGACACCGUGAAAGGAGGAAGCCAAACCAUUGGAAUUGUUGCUCUGAUCAUUGCCGGAGUUGAGCUUCUGGGAGCCAUAUUUGCCCUGUGUCUUGCAAAUUCCAUCCGCAACGAAGAUAGGAGGUACGCAUAAGAUCUACUUCAAUACUGUGUGUGAAUAUGUAAUUCGUUUUUGCAAAAUAUCUAUUAUUAUGCAAAAACAAUCAACAAUUAUACCUUCAAAUUUGAAAAUAAUAAUUCGAUGUAUGUAUACAAAAGCCAAAUUUUACUAAAGGCUUACUAAUUUAAGAAAUAUUAUAUAAUUGAGAACAUUUUUAUGAACUAUUUAAACGUUAGGAAUUAUUUGGAGUGUUGUCAAAUGCUUUUAAAUGUAUUAAUAUUUACAAUUUGAUUAUUCUCAAAUAACAAAUAUUUUUAAUAUUUUUGUAAUGUUAUUUUAUAUAUUAUCGAAGUAAACACAAAGACAAAAAAUAUAUCUACACAUGUAUGUAUAUAUAUAUAUAUAUAUAUAUAUAUAUAUAUAUAUACAAAUGUAUACACAAACA